GUCCUGAUCAUCUAUGUGUGUCAGGAAUGUGUCCAGAAAUUACAGCGUCUGCGCGUGGCCGGGAUAUUAUUCUGUGUCCUUAGCUUGUUUCUGGCCAUCCUCUACUGGCUUCUCACGGCGAGGAAACUCCGAGGCACUGACGGCCAGCCUGUCCAUAACUUCCCGCAUGAUGAGCUCGAGUCCGCUGAAGCCAUGCUGGAACACCACAGGCUGGGCUCAGGGUCGGGCUCAGCCUCUCCCACGGACAAGGUCAGCCAUGGGGACUUUCCUCCAGACAUUGACAAGACUCGCUAUGAUGAUAUGGUGAAGAUUCUUCCAAACAACGACACAGGCCCGAGAGCUCGUCGCUUCGAGGAGCUGAGGACCAGAGAGGCAUUACCUUCACAGAUGGACAGAUACCUGCCAGAGCCAAUGCAAAUCAUGGAUCAAUACGGUGCCGGACGAUCCCCGACAAGUGUCGGACCGGAUGAAGUCUUCUACCCACCUCGUGGUCCCACAGCCGCCACGAGACUGAAGGGAGAUAACGACUUGAGUCGGGCACCUGUUGCUGAGACCGGCAUUCCUCCACGGUCAUCUGGGAGGCCCACAGACACCCAGAUCACCUUCAGGCAGAAUGGUGGGGUCAACAGACACAGGCCAACAGAGACCGCUGUAGAUCCCCAUCCGUCCAGACCUAAACCCCCGGCCCCUCAACCCCCGCCGCCCCAGGAACCCGCCCCACGUAAGGCACAGCUGAGUCUCCCUGCUACAGGACAACCAGUUCUCCUGCGUGACAGGAGUGCCAUGAGGAAGGCCCGAAGCAUGGAGGUUUUGAAGAGGGGUCUGUCCCUACCUGUCCUCAACGUGGAACGGAGAAGCCUGCCACUAAGUAUUGAGGAGAAAAUUGACCAGGACAUUUUCUUAGAGGACUGCAAAAAAGUCGCCGAUUACUUUGUUGAGACAACGACGUACCAGGCUUUUGCUAAGCUUCUAAGGCACAAGGACACUCGGGGUGUGACACUGACAGGUGGUCCAGGGACAGGAAAGACCGCCUCGGCCAUGUAUGCCGCCUGGAUACUCCACUCUGCCGAGGGUUAUCUGCCCCUGAAAGUCAGGACGAUAGCCGAGAUUGAGCGGAUCUAUAUAGAAGGCUUAAAGUUGGUGUUUGUUGUCGAUGACCCAUUUGGGAAACUCUGUGCCUCGUCAGAAUUGCAGCAAUAUUGGCGGUCUUCCGCUAAACGAUUGCAAGAAUGUCUUUGUACAGAUAACGUUAAAAUAAUAGCCACUGUUCGUACUGAUAUUUGGGCUGCAUCUCAGUACAGCGUCAUGCGAUACCCGCCCUUUUCUUCUGCAGUAGAAAUCUCCGGAAAAUUGGCCUUAGGAGAAAGACGUUCCAUGUUGGAGAAGCACCUCGGCUUGAUAGGUAUGCACCCGAGUGAUCCAUCUUGGGCAGAUACUGUCCGAUUAAUGACUCUGCCUGCGGUCCCGCCGCUCUUUCCUCUCUGCUGUCAUUUGGUGAGAACGUCGGAAAGCUUCAGAAACUCCGCCACGGCCCUCUUCUACAAACCCAUGGACACAAUGAGGAAAGACAUGUGCAAUCUGCGGAAAGAAGAUCCAGCGGCAUUCUGUGUUCUUUCUCUGAUGUUAGUUCAUGGUGGUAAACUGAGCCGAACGGUGUUGUCCCGGCCAUUGACUGAGCUCCCCUCCACGGAGCGUGACAAGAUUGAACAGAUCUGGAAAAUGUGUAGUAAGAAACCGUCUUCGACAUCGCCCUCUCCCGAGGAGUUCCAGCAGAAAGCUGACAAGUUGGCCAAAAUUUACGUAGAAAAGACUGAAACCAGUCUACAAUUUUCACUGACGUCAUUUGCCGACGUGGCUUUGUUGGAGAUGGCUGAUCUAAACAUAGAGCUGGUGUUAAGAUGGUGUCAUCCUGAUGUCAUAGCUGGGAAGUUGAUACCGCAGGGCAGUCAGCCCACGACGUCACAGACCAUGGUGGUCGUCAGCCCCAAACACUGGCCCCAACUAGCCAAAGUUCUGACAAACGAAUUUCUGGCUGGCAAUGUGAAGGCCAUUUUAGACAACCCUUCCUGGAAAUCCGAGGAUUUCGUCCUUUCUUGGAAGAAGCACAUUGUGACUGAUGCUGUCCGAGAGAAGCUUCGCUCUGUGAGCGGGUCGUGCUCUCAGGGAGAGAUCGUCCACAGGGCCGCUCGUCAGGGCCUUUUGACCUUCCUGCGUGUUCUGCUUCAGGACGUCACUCUUGGCAAGAACGGCGUGCGCCUGCGCAAUGAGUACGGACAGAGUUUACUUCACUCGGCUGCUACGGGGGGUUGCACCAACACAGCUCAGUUUCUCCUGGAUAAGGGUUGUCUGGUGGACGCUGUCAACGACGCCGGGGAGAGUCCUCUGUACCUGGCCUCCCUUCACGGACACACGGCCGUGGUGGACCUCUUACUGCAAAACAAGGCGAACCCUGAUUUGACCAACAGACUGGGCCUGGGUCCUUUACACGCAGCCGUUUUCGGGGAGCGUACGGAAGUCGUCUUCACUCUCGCCUCACACGUGGCCUUGGAAACUUUAGGUGGAUCGUCACGAAGUAAGAUUGCAAUCACGUCGUUCAGAGACAAAUUCUUGUCUACAUUAAAACACAGUGGUCUUCAUGAGGCGGCGAGGACUGGCGACCUUGUUCGUAUUCAUCACCUGCUGGACAAUGGCUUUGACAAGAACGCGCAGAAUAAGUACGGCUGGUCGCCGCUCUACAUAACGGUCAUACUAGGCCACGUUGAGGCGGCGGCGCUGUUCCUGAUCAGGGGAGCCAACCCCAGCAUAACGAGUCGUCAAGGCUCAGCCCCGCUUGACGAAGCCUGCAGCACAUUCAACGACCCGCUUGUGGCUUUGCUACUCUCUUACGGCACGAAGAGGAGUUCAUGUAUUUGAAUUUGUACCUCUGUUUGUAUUCCACACUAAUCAAAGGAUGAAAAUCAAGGAUAAAUUAAAAGCUUUACAUAAGUAAUGGUAGACGUGUAUAGGCCUACCGAGAACUCAUGAACUGUUCACGUAGACAACUUUUGCUCUCUGUGGUACAGAACACACGAUAUAUCUAAGCAGUUAACGAAUAUAAAUUUCUAUCUAUGUGAUAUUUUUAAUUGGUUUUAUCUACUCAAGGUUUCACAAGGUAUUUGUAGUAUCAGAACAAUUACUGUUACUCUUUCACCACAAUUGCCUGAAUAGUGCAAUUUAUUGAUUAUAAUAGUUUGUACCGUGUGAAAGCCGAUGGUCACAUCGUCGUCUUACAUGUAUAUUGUGUAGGCCUACUUGCCAUUAGUGACGUCCACAAAUGUAAAAAAUAUGUCUGGUGCUACUUUUUACAGGUUGCCCACGGCUGAGCGCCAUGCCACCGGCUGUGUGCCCACUUUAGCGAUAUGCAGAUAUAUUUACUUAUACUGCAACUCCAUCUCUCCCAAGCUGCUUGUUUGGCAAUGAUACUUUGGUGAGCUUUGGUUUCUAGUCUGUAUAUUAUGAUUAUGGAUGGAAAACCUGCAUCCCUUCCAUCUUUAACACAGAUAUGCCACAUACACGUACCCCAACUAUUCGCUGUGAAAGUAUCAUGUCCAACAUGAAUAUCCAUCAUGUAUGACCGUGUAUAAUUUCAUCCAUGAAUAUCCAUCAUGCAAAGCCAUUGUCGAUGUCCAUCAUGCAAAGCCAUUGUCGAUGUCCAUCAUAUAAACCUAUUGUCUAUGUCCAUCAUAUAAGCCUAUUGUCUAUGUCCAUCAUCUAAGCCUAUUGUCUAUGUCCUUCAUGUAAGCCCAUUGUCUAUGUCCAUCAUGCAAAGCCAUUGUCGAUGUCCAUCAUAUAAACCUAUUGUCUAUGUCCAUCAUAUAAGCAUAUUGUCUAUGUCCAUCAUCUAAGCCUAUUGUCUAUGUCCUUCAUGUAAGCCCAUUGUCUAUGUCCAUCAUGCAAAGCCAUUGUCGAUGUCCAUCAUAUAAACCUAUUGUCUAUGUCCAUCAUAUAAGCCUAUUGUCUAUGUCCAUCAUCUAAGCCUAUUGUCUAUGUCCUUCAUGUAAGCCCAUUGUCUAUGACAAUGUAAGCCCAUUGUCUAUGUCCAUGAUGUAAGCCCAUUGUCUAUGUCCAUCAUGUAAGCCCAUUGUGUAUGACAAUGUAAGCCUAUUGUCUAUGUCCAUCAUGUAAGCCCAUUGUCUAUGUCCAUCAUCUAAGCCCAUUGUCUAUGACAAUGUAAGCAUAUUGUCUAUGUCCAUGAUGUAAGCCCAUUGUCUAUGUCCAUCAUCUAAGCCCAUUGUGUAUGAUUUUUUUUUUUUUUUUUGAUUGGUGUUUUACGCCAUACUCAAGAAUAUUUCACUUAUACGACGGCGGCCAGCAUUAUGGUGGGUGGAAACCGGGCACAGCUCGGGGGAAACCCACGACCAUCCGCAGGUUGCUGUCAGACCUUCCCACUUACGGCCGGAGAGGAAGCCAGCAUGAGCUGGACUUGAACUCACAGCGACCGCAUUGGUGAGAGGCUCCUGGGUCAUUACGCUGCGCUAGCGCACUAACCGACUGAGCCACGGAGGCCCCUCCAUUGUGUAUGACAAUGUAAGCCUAUUGUCUAUGUCCAUCAUGUAAGCCCAUUGUCUGUGUCCAUCAUCUAAGCCCAUUGUCUAUGACAAUGUAAGCCUAUUGUCUAUGUCCAUCAUGUAAGACCAUUGUCUAUGUCCAUCAUGUAUGACCAUCUAUAAUUUCAUCCGCGGAUUUCCAUCAUGUAAGCCUAUUGUCUUAUGUCCUUCAUGUAAGCCUAUUGUCUAUGUCCUUCGUGUAAACCCAUUGUCUAUGUCCAUCAUGUAAACCCAUUGUCUGUGUCCAUCAUGUAAGCCCAUUGUCUAUGUCCAUCAUGUAUGAUGUUCACCCUGAACGUCCAUCAUAUAUGUCCUCCUACGUCCUUCAUGUAAUCAUUCAUGCUCAUUAUGUAUGUUCAGGUCUAUGUCCAUCAUUGUGUUUGACAUGCAUGUCCCAGAGUAAGUCUAUCAUGUAUGUCCAUGUAGGUCCAUGUGACACGUUUCCUUAUAUGUUUCUGAUGACUGACCAGAACCUAGGCAAACUUAGACGCAAUAUCGGGCCAUACAUACCAUGUCAUGCAUGUAUAUCUAACUUCAGACGCUGUGGCGUGUGUGGCUUAUGAAUCGAGUACCAAUGUACAUCUAGCUUCAGACGUUAUGAAUUGAGUACCCAUGUACAUCUAGCUUCAGAUGCUGUGGCCAGUGGGUUAUGA